CCUGCACGAUAAACCACAUCGUGAAAACGUGAGCCAAAUCUACAUGAGCAACGUCAAAACAGACCGAAUUGAUUUGUGAUUCUUGUCUAUAUACCGGGUAUCAAACUGCUUAGUGUUAUCAUACGGGAUAUUAACUGUCCUGGGGACAUUUUAUUUGAGGUAGACCUGCAUUAAUCUCCUCAUUUAUCAUAUUUAUUUCGAGAAGAAAAUGCAAUCUAAAUCGAGAGAACGGUUCGAAGAAUGACAAGUACGCAGAAAAAUGUGAUUCACUGGUUUCGCAAAGGAUUGCGUCUGCACGACAACCCAGCAUUAGUGGAAGCUCUCGAGGGAGCUGUGACUUUCAGAUGUGUGUAUAUUUUAGAUCCAUGGUUUGCUGGCUCUACACAAGUCGGAAUCAAUAAAUGGCGAUUCCUCUUACAGUGUUUAGAAGAUGUAGAUGCAAGUCUGAGAAAGUUGAAUUCCAGACUGUUUGUGGUGCGUGGGCAGCCAGCAGAUGUAUUUCCAAAAUUGUUCAAGGAAUGGAAAACCACUCAUUUGUCUUUUGAGACGGACCCUGAGCCAUAUGGCAAAGAGAGAGAUGCUACUAUUAUCAGUUUAGCACAAAGUGCUGGAGUGUCUGUCAUCAGCAGAAUCUCGCAUACAUUGCAUGAUCCUAAAAGAAUAAUAGACCUCAAUGGGGGGACACCACCACUCACAUACAAAAGGUUCCAGACCAUAUUUGCUGGCAUGGAGCCCCCACCCAAGGCACUGGACCCCAUCACGCCGGACAUGGUGCGUGGGACACUGCCGGUGGUCUCAGAGGACCAUGAUGAGAAAUAUGGAGUGCCCACUCUAGAUGAGCUAGGCUUUGAUACAGAGGGCUUAGCACCUGCAGAAUGGAAGGGAGGAGAACAGGAAGGUUUGGCACGCCUUGUCAGACACUUGGAGAGAAAGGCCUGGGUGGCCAGCUUCGAGAAGCCCAAGAUGACCCCCCAGUCCUUGAUGAGCAACCAGACAGGUGUCAGUCCAUACCUCAGAUUUGGAUGCUUAUCAGUGAGACUGUUCCACUGGAAGUUGACAGAGUUAUACAGACGGGUAAAGAAAAGAAGUGACCCACCAGUUUCACUUUUUGGACAGCUGCUGUGGAGGGAGUUCUUCUAUGUGGUUGCCACAAAUAAUCCAAAGUUUGAUAGAAUGGUGGGCAAUCCUGUGUGCAUACAAAUACCAUGGGAUAGAAAUGCUAUAGCACUAGCUAAAUGGGCUGAGGGUAAAACUGGUUUUCCAUGGAUAGAUGCUAUAAUGAUCCAGCUGCGGCAAGAAGGUUGGAUUCAUCACUUAGCCCGCCAUGCUGUGGCCUGCUUUCUUACACGCGGUAAUCUGUGGAUCUCUUGGGAGGAAGGCAUGAAGGUGUUUGAUGAGUUUCUGUUGGAUACAGACUGGAGUAUGAAUGCUGGCAUGUGGAUGUGGCUUUCCUGCAGUUCAUUUUUCCAACAGUUCUUUCAGUGCUACUGUCCUGUAGGGUUUGGAAAGAUGGCAGACCCUAAUGGAGAUUUUGUCAGGAAAUACAUCCCAGCACUGAAGGGCUUUCCUGCUAAGUAUAUUUAUGACCCAUGGAAUGCCCCAGAACAUGUCCAAAAGAUGGCCAAGUGCAUCAUUGGUAAGGACUACCCUCUUCCUAUGGUUAACCAUGCUGAGGUCAGUCAUAUAAACAUGGAGAGAAUGAAACAGGUCUACCAACAUAUCUUCUUCAGGAUUUCCAGAACUGGUAUGGUUUAGAUUUAUUCUCUUUUU